ACCCAAAUAACCAAAAAUAAGUGAAAAAAAAAAGAACAUGGAUUUCUCAGAAAAAAUGAACUAUUCAGGACUUGGGUUCCGAGAGUAUGUUGAAACUUUAGAGGAAGAAAGGAAAAAGAUUCAGGUUUUCCAGAAAGAACUCCCUUACUGCUUGGAACUUGUCACACAAACCAUUGAGAGAUGUAAGCAACAAUUAUCAGGAACGGCGACGACCACAGAGUGCUUGCAUGGGCAAUCGGAGUGUUCGGAGCAGACUUCAAGUGAAGGACUUGUUUUUGAGGAGUUUAUUCCUUUGAAGAGAACGUCUUCCGAUAAUGAAGAUGACGAGGAUGAGGAGCAGCAAUCUCCUAAGCGCAAGACCAGCAUCAACAACAAUAACAUGGCUGAUAACAAGAAGAAAGCGGAUUGGCUUAGAUCUGUUCAGCUUUGGAAUAAUCCAACCCCAGAUCCAGCACCACAAAAAGAGGAUGUGCCUAAAAAAGCUUCGGUUUUGGAGGUGAAGAGAAAUGGGGGUGCUUUUCAGCCUUUCCAAAGGGAGAAAAAUGUUGGCAAGCGUAAUGGGUCGCCGGCGCCGGCGCCGGCUCCAGCGUCUGCUCCGGCGGCGAGUUCGAGUUCUGGCAAGAGGGAUGAUGAGACGGAAGGGCAACAGAGUCAGAGGAAGCAGAGGAGAAAUUGGUCGCCUGAGUUGCAUAAGAGAUUCUUGAAUGCCCUUCAACAACUUGGUGGUUCUCAUACUGCUACUCCAAAGCAGAUUAGGGAGCUGAUGAAGGUUGAUGGGUUAACAAAUGAUGAAGUCAAAAGCCACUUGCAGAAAUACCGUUUGCACACUAGAAGACCAACUCCAGCCACCCCAAACAAUGGCAAUGCACAAACGCCACAAGUAGUUUUUGUGGGGGGCAUAUGGGUGCAGCCCUCUGAAUACGCCGCGGCAGCUGCAUCAGCUGCAGCAUUGGGCGAUCCCUCCAGCGUCACCACCGCUGCCAACAGAAUCUACGCACCCGUGGCAGCACCGCCGCCCGCAAUCCAGCACAUGGCGGUCCACAGACCGCAGCAAAAGAAGCAGUCCGAUUCCUCUCAUUCCGAAGAAAGGAUCAGCCAUAGUGGAGGUGUCCAACAUUCCAAUUCCCCAGCCACCUCAUCCUCCACUCAUACGACCACAUCUUCCCCUGCGUUUUGAUCUUCUUAUUUGAGAAUGAUUUAAAAUUUUGUAACCAGUAUGUGCAAUAGAGAAAAGUGUUAUAUGACCACACACCAUGCUGACUGUUUUCUUUCGUUCUUUUUUACAUUCUCUCGUUCUUGCUGGACUGAAAUGGGAAUAAAG